AUGAGUGAAAGUGUAGUAUCUUUAGAUGACAUUGUUGAAUUGGAGAAAGAGAGUGAUGAGAUAAGCGGAGAUUGUCAGUGUGAAAUUAGGAAUCAAGACAAAGAUGAUGAUUGUACGCAAGACAAUUGCCAAGAAAUUAUGGGAGAUGAUAGUGAGUUUAAUGAGCCUCCUAUAUUGGGUAUAGUUUUUGAGACAUCAGAAGAAGCCUACGAGUUUUAUAAUGAUUUUGCAAAAGUUAAAAGGUUCAGAAUAUGUAAGCGUUACUUUAGCAGGAGUAGAAGAACACAACAACCAUGUUUGUGGAAUUAUGUGUGCUCAAGGCAAGGUGUCAAGAAUCUAAAUGAUAAAAGAGUUGAUAUUAGUAAUAUCAAAAGGCAAAGGGACACAAGGACUGAUUGUUUGGCGAUGUUCCAAUUAAAGUUGGUGAAUGGAUUAUGGAAAGUAGAGAAGUUCAAUGAUUCACAUAAUCAUCCAUUGAUUAACACUCCGUCAAAGGUGAACAAGUUUCCUUCUCAUAAUGAUUUAUGUCGCUCUAAUUUUACUAGAUCCAUUGUUUCUAAACUUUAUGAGGAGGGUUUAACUUCUUCAAAAAUCUCAAAGGUGGUGAAUGCUAUGAACAAAGAAGUUAACAUCACUCCGGGUCAAAUUAGCACUAUUAUAUCAAGCCAGCGUAAGAAUAAUGUAGGACAAGAAUGUCAGGGCAUCAUUAAACACUUCCAAAAGAAGUCUAUUCACGAUGGAUGUUUUUAUUUCGAUAUGCAGUUGGCAGAAGAUGGUACAUUAAGAAGUGUCUUUUGGGCGGAUAAGGAUGAAACAGAGGCAACCUUUACUUGGUUGUUUGAACAGUUUCGGAUAUGCAUGUUUGAUAAGUCUCCAGUUGCGAUUAUUACUGAUCAAGAUAAAGCAAUGGGGAAAGCAAUUGCUAAGAUAUUUCCAAAAGCACGACAUCGUUUUUGUGCAUGGCACAUCAAAAAACAUGUUUUAGAGCAUAGUCAAGCAUUACGUGCACAAUUCAAAGAUAGUUUUGAUGUUGACUUUGUAUAA